AACAAAUAAAUCUGAAGUAUCCAUUUUCAUCAGCCGCCACAAUCACAUCCUGCUGUUCUUGCUUUCGUGCUUCAACAUCAUCAAUGGCUUCCUCUAUUGUUGCUCCGUCUUCCACCUCCUUCUUCAACACCAAGAAGGAUCUUGCUCUCUCUGCUUUCUCUUCCUCUUCCUCUUCCUCUUCUUCCCAACGAUGCCAGAAGCCAGCUCCCAGGAGAAUCUCUUGUUCCGUUGCGGCGCCUCAGCAAUUGCAGCGCCAACCUUCUACCACUGGAUCAGUGAAGACUGCGAUGACCAUGACAGAGAAGAUAUUGGCCAGAGCUUCUGAGAAGGCCCACCUGACCCCUGGGGACAAUGUUUGGGUCAAUGUUGAUAUUUUGAUGACACAUGAUGUGUGUGGCCCUGGCUCUAUUGGGAUUUUCAAGAGAGAGUUUGGUCAGGAUGCCAAGGUUUGGGACCGUGAAAAGGUUGUAAUAAUACCUGAUCACUACAUAUUCACAAGUGAUGAACGUGCCAAUCGCAAUGUAGACAUAUUAAGAGAUUUCUGCCAUGAGCAGAAUAUCAAGUACUUCUAUGAUAUUAAGGAUCUUAGUAAUUUUAAGGUAAAUCCAGACUACAAAGGUGUUUGCCACAUUGCCCUUGCUCAGGAAGGUCAUUGCAGGCCAGGAGAGGUUCUCUUAGGUACUGAUUCUCACACUUGUACUGCUGGAGCAUUUGGUCAAUUCGCUACAGGGAUUGGUAAUACCGAUGCAGGUUUCGUGUUGGGAGCAGGGAAGCUUUUGCUUAAGGUGCCUCCAACUCUGAGAUUUGUAAUGGAUGGAGAAAUGCCCAAUUAUUUGCUUGCAAAGGAUUUAAUUCUGCAAAUUAUUGGUGAAAUAAGUGUAGCUGGUGCAACAUAUAAAUCUAUGGAGUUUGUUGGCACCACUGUUGAAAGUUUAACUAUGGAAGAACGGAUGACUUUGUGCAACAUGGUUGUUGAAGCUGGAGGAAAGAAUGGUGUUGUUCCUGCUGAUAGCACUACAUAUAAAUAUCUUGAGGGUAAGACAUCAGUAGCCUAUGAACCGGUUUAUAGUGACCAGCAAGCAAGAUUCCUUUCUGAGUAUAGAUUUGAUGUCUCAAAAUUGGAACCACUGGUGGCAAAGCCUCAUUCACCAGAUAACCGUGCUUUGGCAAGAGAGUGCAAGGAUGUGAAGAUUGACAGAGUAUACAUAGGAUCUUGUACAGGUGGAAAAACAGAGGAUUUUAUGGCUGCAGCAAAAAUUUUUCUAGCAUCAGGUAAAACGGUCAAAGUUCCCACAUUUCUUGUACCUGCAACACAGAAGGUUUGGAUGGACGUAUACAGCCUUCCGGUCCCUGGAUCUGGUGGUAAGACUUGCUCACAGAUAUUUGAAGAAGCUGGGUGUGACACACCAGCUAGUCCUAGUUGUGGUGCUUGUUUGGGUGGCCCAAAAGAUACAUAUGCACGCAUGAAUGAACCUAAGGUUUGUGUUUCCACUACAAAUAGGAACUUCCCGGGCCGAAUGGGCCACAAGGAAGGUGAAAUAUAUUUGGCUUCACCAUAUACAGCUGCGGCAUCUGCAUUGACUGGUUACGUUACUGAUCCAAGAGAGUUCUUGCAGUAGGAUAUUACUGCAAUAUCUACGUUGUAUUAUAUACCUUGCUGGAUUUUGUAUUACUGCCAUAAAUCAGAACUGUAAGCUAUUAAAUUUUACCAUUUUUGUUCUCCAGAAGAAUUUGUGACCAUUAGUAGAUUGAUGCUCUUGGAUUUAGUCACUAAAAGAAGUUUAGUUAUAAUAAGCCAACUGAAUUAUCCAA